CGUAGACUUCAAGUGCUUCCGAUCGUUGAGCUUAGGCUGUACGCACACUAUCACCUUAUGGCUUCCCAGGAUAUUACUCUCGCCGAUCCGGUCGCGGAGGAGAAAUCUAAGAGUAUAUAUGACACGUGCUGGUAUUGCCGGAAAGUGGUCGGUAAAGCAAAGGUAAAGAGAUGUGCCAAUUGUAGGAUGGUGUGGUACUGCUCCAAGGAUUGCCAGAGAAAAGCGUGGCCAACUCACAAGCCCCGCUGCAUGACCGGCUCCAAUCUCUGGGAGCAACUAGCCAAUGAUCCGGACGGGGACGACAAAGCAGCCCUGCAUAAAGAUCUGACAAAAUGGGUAGCCACAUGGAGGGACGUUAUCAGCACCUACGCAAUUCACGCCCUCGACAUAGCAAACCACGGCCGACAGAGGAUCAACACCCAUACGAUUCUGAUAGAACUGGAAAGCCGUAGGAACCGUUCAACGCGGGCUGACAUGUUCAGGAUUGUCAAAGCUAGCUUGCUUUCGCAGCAAGAAUUCACAGAUUGGAUCAAUAGUGCGGACAUCCUACCCGAAGACCUCGCGCGUGUACGGGAAAAUCGGGGAGCCGACACUGUUCAAAUCGCUCUCACUUGUGAUGGUCAGGCUUUACGAUUCCUCUGGUUCCAACUCAGGGAUAACGGGGAAUCCUGCGAGAGAGACAAAAGGGAGUUCUCGGCAUUUAUGGCGAAAGCAUGGCCCAUGCUUCUGGAGGCAGUCAUUAACUCCGGAGAUCCAGACAUGGAGAUGUCGGAAGCUUUAGCGGCUCUGACCGACGAGCAGAACGCGAUGAUUAUGGACAUGAUGGCGGAACAUAUGUUGUAAAGGAAUGCAUCAGACAGCCAGGAACCACAUGGACCUGUUAACGGUAACUGCGACAAGCAAAACAUAUGUCGCAAGACGUUCACAGGCAUGCACACGACUGGCGACAAGACGAUGCGGCGAACCGAGCGAUCCCAAGAGAAGGUUCUCACAAAGCCUUAUAGAAAUCCUCUUCAGUCCAACCAUACGUUCUUUUCAACUUCUUCGCGAACUCCUUCAACAUCACGGGAUGAAUAGUCGGAUCAGGGUGGG